UUGCUCUGUUGCCUAGGCUGGAGUGCAGUAGCGUGAUCUUGGCUCACUGCAAGCUCCGCCUCCCGGGUUCACAACAUUCUCCUGCCUCAGCCUCCCGAGUAGCUGGGACUACAGGCGCCUGCCACCACACCGGCUAAUUUUUUGUAUUUUUUAGUAGAGAGGGUUUCACUGUGUUAGCCAGGAUGGUUUCGAUCUCCUGACCUCGUGAUCCGCCCGCCUUGGUCUCCCAAAGUGCUGGGAUUACAGGUGUGAGCCACCGCGCCCGGCCUGUGCCUGCUACUCUUUAAGGUUCCACUUUCAUGGUUCAAGUAAGAGUUCAGUUUUUGUUUGCUUGUUUUGAGAUGGAGUUGUGUUCUUGUUGCCCAGGCUGGAGUGCCAUGGUGCGUUCUCAGCUCACUGCAACCUCCGCCUCCCGGGUUCAUGUGAUUCUCCUGCCUCAGCCUCCCGAGUAGCUGGGAUUACAGGCAUGUGCCACCACGCCUGACUAAUUUUGUAUUUUUAAUAGAGACGAGGUUUCUCCACGUUGAUCAGGCUAGUCUCAAAACUCCCAACCUCAGGUGGUCCGCCCACCGCAGCCUCCCAAAGUGCUGGGAUUACAGGCGUGAGCCACCGUGCCUGGCUAAGAGUUCAGUUCUUAAGAGCACCAUGGAAGUUCUGUGUUGUCAUCCUCAUACUGUAGACAACUAGCCCCUCCUUGGCAGUUUGGAAGACAGCUCAGGAGGGAUUCCCAUUAGCAAUCACUUGAAACUCGCCUGCAGUUCUGCCUGCUUCCCACUUGGGGGCUCAUGACUUUUUUCCUUUGUCAUUAUGCAAGAAUGGGGUUUGGAAUAUAGGAUCAGAGUACAACCACUUUCCAAAGUUGUAGUUUAAAAAUUAUCCUUUGCCUCUUUGGAUGGGAACAUUCUGGUAUUGCCUGUUCAACAUAUGUAAUCAAACCCACCAAAAAAUCCAACCACUGUUCCUACUCCGGAACUUGGGGUUUAUCGGACUUGAGAAGGGAAAGCAGAGAGGAGUGGUUGGGCCGAUAACUAGUAGAGAAAAUUGAUGUCAAGGACAUUGAAAUGGCAUCUGUUUUUACCCAGGCUAAUUACAUGUGUAAUGAAUGGCUGAUGAACCAUUAUUAAUUUCAAGCAAAUAAUCUACAGUUUGCUCUUGGGAGAAGAGCUCUAGUGAUACAGAUAACUUCCUGUGAUGAGCCAAUUCUGAAUCUCUGCACCCUCUUUAUUCCCAUGUAAAUGAGCACAUUCUUAGUCUCCACACUACCUAAAAUGAUUGUAGGGGCAAAAUGAGAGAGGGAAGCAUUUAGGCAAAAACAAGGGGGUUAUUUUAUGCAUAAACAUCCAUUCUUUGGGGCUCCCAUCAUUUGUGCCAGGGACAGAAGCAUCCUUUCUCUUCCAUCACCCGUAAUCAGUGCUCCCAGCUGGCAGCCUGGCACUGGAGCCUUCAUCUCAGUGCCAGUGCAAUAAAGGAGUGGUCUGUGGGAGGCUGUUUCUGUAUUAGGUAUAACAUUGUGCUAAGAAAAACAGCCAACUACUGAUUUCAUGUCCAUUUCCCUAUGGGAACUCAGUGGCCAUGGAAGGAGAAUAUGGUUGGUUUUUCCUGGGCAGUCCCUGGAACUUAGAAAGCCAUUUCUCCCCAGUCUUGACCUCCUGCCUGCUUAUUCCUACCCACGGGUUGCACACAGACUCCCCUGUAGCCCAGUGCUUGUUACCAGUUGCUGGCCAGCAACAGCCCGGGGGAUGGCAACACCCACCUCGCCGUCUGCCAAGCCAGGAGGUCAGCACAUGAGCACACGGUGGUGUCUGCCCUCUAGGCCAAGGUGCACAGUGUUAGGAGCCUCUUGCUUCACUCUCCAGAUCAGCCUGGAAACCAGAGCUUCCCUCGUCUUAGACAAACAGAUGGCCGUGGGCGAUGCAGAGCCCUGAACUGCUGAGUGUGCUCCUUCCAUUUUCGCCCUUCCCCAAAAAACAUACACCAAACUUACCUCCAAUCACGGCAUCUGAGACCACAAAGCCCCACGGGCACAGCUGCCCUGGGUACUGCCUCCCUUCCCCUUUUCUGGCCUCUGCAAACUAGCCAUUCACCUGAGGAAGCCCCUGGGGCAGUACCUUGGAAAUCCCUGAGAGGAGGAGUUGAAGGAGGCUCAAAGCCUUUCAAGGACAGUGUGCACUCUGCCUGCCUCCUAUUCUCUCCUGUGCUCUUGAGCCCAGAGUGUACAACAAAAUUGUGUACUGCAGUUCUCAGAGCCCUCUCACUUUGACCUUUCCCACCUUCCCUAGAACACAUUUCUGGGUGGGGAUCAUCUGAGGUGAGAGGCCCAUGGAUGAGUCCCCAAGAUGACCUCUGUGGGUGACCAAGACAAUCUUGUCUUUUGAGGCUCCUGAGGUCUCUCAUCCUUUUUUGAGCUGGGCUGUCCUCAAAGCAGGCCCUUACCUCUUAUGUGGCCUCAUCUUCAGAGGCGGGAAGUGGGCCCACAUCCCCCACCCCAGCCCUGCAGUGGAGCUAGCGUGGGCCUGCUAGAGGACAGAACUGUGGAACAGGGUCCUGCGAGGGUAUGUGGCAUGGUGGGGGACAGGGGGACAUGGAGGAGCCUACCUCUGAAGAGCAUUCCCCUAGCUGCUACUGAAGCGAAAUACAAUUCAUUUCAUGCUGGGGGACAGAAGCGAGCGAGGGAGAGCAGUCACCUGCUCCUUAUCUGGGCUAUUUUCUUGGCAGACCUCAGAAUGAAACCAUGGUGGGGAGGGGGUGGGAAGCUGGGCUGGGGCCAAGGGAAGAAGCUUGCCAGCACUGUCAGCCGACGCGCCCAGGAGGAAGAGCCGGGCCUAGUCUCUGCCCCGUUCCUGUUCCCCACCUGUCUGUACCCCUGUCUCUCCUUUCCCUGGCUCUGCCAGACUAUCUCCCUGGGCACCAGCCUCCCCACCCACCCCUGGAGGGCGGGGCUUGGCUGCACCCACGUGUGGUGGAGUUAAAUGCUCCUAGCCGGCAGAGGAGCUAGGGAGUGUGGCACUGAGCCGGCUCAGGCAGAGACGCGGCACCAUGGCUAGCAAGAAAGUCUGCAUUGUAGGCUCCGGGAACUGGGGCUCAGCCAUCGCCAAGAUUGUGGGUGGCAAUGCAGCCCAGCUGGCACAGUUUGACCCACGGGUGACCAUGUGGGUAUUUGAGGAAGACAUUGGAGGCAAAAAGCUGACGGAGAUCAUCAACACGCAGCAUGAGAAUGUCAAAUACCUGCCAGGGCACAAGUUGCCCCCAAAUGUGGUGGCUGUCCCAGAUGUGGUCCAGGCUGCAGCGGAUGCUGACAUCCUGAUCUUUGUGGUGCCCCAUCAGUUCAUCGGCAAGAUCUGUGACCAGCUCAAGGGCCAUCUGAAGGCAAACGCCACUGGCAUAUCUCUUAUUAAGGGGGUAGACAAGGGCCCCAUUGGGCUGAAGCUCAUCUCGGAAGUGAUUGGGGAGUGCCUCGGUAUCCCCAUGAGUGUGCUGAUGGGGGCCAACAUUGCCAGCGAGGUGGCUGAUGAGAAGUUCUGUGAGACAACCAUUGGCUGCAAGGACCCGGCCCAGGGACAACUUCUGAAAGAGCUGAUGCAGACACCCAACUUCCGUAUCACAGUGGUGCAAGAGGUGGACACAGUAGAGAUCUGUGGAGCCUUAAAGAAUGUAGUGGCCGUGGGGGCUGGCUUCUGUGAUGGCCUGGGCUUUGGCGACAACACCAAGGCGGCAGUGAUCCGGCUGGGACUCAUGGAGAUGAUAGCCUUCGCCAAGCUCUUCUGCAGUGGCCCUGUGUCCUCUGCCACCUUCUUGGAGAGCUGUGGCGUUGCUGACCUGAUCACUACCUGCUAUGGAGGGCGGAACCGGAAAGUGGCUGAGGCCUUUGCGCGUACAGGAAAGUCCAUUGAGCAGCUGGAGAAAGAGAUGCUGAAUGGGCAGAAACUGCAGGGGCCCGAGACAGCCCGGGAGCUACACAGCAUCCUCCAGCACAAAGGCCUGGUGGACAAGUUUCCCUUGUUCAUGGCUGUGUACAAGGUGUGCUACGAGGGCCAGCCAGUGGGUGAAUUCAUCCGCUGCCUGCAGAAUCAUCCAGAACAUAUGUGAGUGGGGCCAGGGCCCAGGCCAGGCCGCUUCUUUACCCCAGUGGAGACCAGCAGAAGCCUGGGGUACCUAGUCACCAGGAUCUCCAGGACUCCCAGGGAGCAGAGUCUUCUCAUCUUUUCACUGGAGGACAGGAGGCUAUGGGGCCCAGCUAAGCACCUGGAGAUCCUGAACUGUCAAGCCACUGGCAGCCUCUUGCCACCACAUUUGCCAGAAAUGCAGUUGCCCUGUCCCUCUCCAGAUGUGGGGCUUUCUCCGUGUCCUCUGGGAGGGGUGGAAUCAAGCCCCAGUGCUGCCGGCUUGGUGGCGGGGGUGAUGUAUGUGGGGAAGGGUUGGGGGAGAGGCCAGCAGGGCAGGGGCUGCCAGUGGCUGUCUCACAUACACCAGGAAUCCUGUUAAAGGGCUGAAGAAGUAUCUUAGCCACAGGAGGGAUGAGGCAAGGAUUGUCAGGGAGGGGUUUGGGCUUCUGAGCUGAUGCAGGCCCCAAGGACCCCUUUGCUGACCUCUGCCAGGACCCACACAGCUUCGAUGGAUCUCAGUGUUUGUUAACAAAAUACAAAGGUCUCAGACAAACCCCUUUUAGCUUCUCCUAGCAAAUCUGUGCCCUCAGAAACCUCUGGUUCUCCCCCUUCCCCCUCCGCCAGGCUGCCCUGGCACCCGAAUUGCUGCCAUGCUGGCAUCUGUAGCUCAGUGGCUCGACAUUUUCCCCAGGGACUUCCUUUCCCCAGGGACUUCCCAGUUCCUAGUUCUUUGCCAGCUCCUCCCCACUCUGUGUGACCUUUCCAAGCCUUCCCUCACCCUCCCCGCCAGCACCCUCUUUGGGGAGCAGGAACUUAAUCCGCUGACAGAGCUACACCUUUCACAGCAGGCUCAGAUCACUCAGCUCCCUGUGACCUUUGUAUUCACCCAGACUUCCUUCUCAGUAGCUCUAGCUGGGGGAGGUGUCAGCUGGGCCCCUCCUGUGCUAUCUCCCCAGAGGACAUCCCUGACCCCACCCCUUUCUUCCUCCCAAACUCUGCACCUCUUCCUCAGCUGCUCCAGACCGGCCAGGGUAACCAGCUAACCAUGCCUGGCAUCUGGAAGCCAGCAGGCCAGAGGGUGGCCCAAAGGCUGAUGAACGGUAGGGAAGGGUGAGCAGAUUCCUAUGUUGGUGGGCACCAAUAUUCCAAGGGCAGCUCUGUUUGCUGAAUGAGGGCCUUCUCGUGAGGUACUGACCACACCAGCAACUCGGGAGCUGGGAAACUCAAGGAGGAGGAAGAAAAUCAAAACCGCCCUACUCCCUGGGGUGAGGAAAGAACAGGAGGGGAGGAGGAGGAGUGUGCUCUGCACUGGCCUUGCUCCAGGAUGGGGUGGCAGCAGGGGAAUGUCACAGGUCAGCAGCCUAGACCUCCAGCUAUAAAUAGUCCGGAGGGCCCGAGAGGCUCCCGCCCGUCCAGCAGGGCUCUCAGCUUCCUGUGUGGCACCACCUGGCACACUGGCUCUGGCCAGCAUUAUGCUAAAACCCUGUUACUCUCCGCGCCUAACAGAGAGGGCUCCUCUCUGCGCCUAGCCCUUGAUAAUUCUGUCUUACCAGUGAAGGGUGGAGCUGCCCAGAUCAGGCAGCAGGAGUGAGGGGCACAGUCACCCCAGGCCUCGCUGAGCCCAGAUCUGGGCACUGAGUGUCCAGAGCUGCCUCCCCAGGAGGUUAAGGUGGGGGCAAAGGGCAAGCUUCGAGCACUUUGCCUACUUUUGUUCACUCCCCAGUCCACUGUGACUCAGGCCUUCCCAUCAGGCCUAUUUGUCUACCCAAUAAAGUGUGUUUUUUCCAGAAACAGGAAGAGUUGGGAAAGGGAGCUUCAGGGCAUGUGGCAGUGCGUGUGCUGGUGUGUAUCACUGCACGGAUGUUUUCCCUCUUACCGUAGGAAAAAUGAAAAAAGAAAUUCCUCCUCCAUAAUCGCAGCUACUCCAGGGGUCAGCGGCGGUGCCCACUCAGUCCCCAUCCCUCUCUCUCCCCUCUCCCGCCAGCGCCCCCUCCCGCCCUCGCCGCAAGCUGGCCCCGGCCUUGCCGGCCCUUCUUAGGGGCUUUAUCAUGCCUCCUGCAAGAAUAGAGGUCACACACGGGACAGAAACGUUAGACACUCAUCCCUUGUGCCCAUUCCUUGGUCACGGCCCAAGCCGCCACAUCCUUGGCGGUCCAGGCCUCGCUGUGCCCCUCGGGUCCCUACCUGGACUAGGCGCACAGCCUGGCUCUAGGGGGCGCGCGGUCCACCUCCAGAAGGCCGGCUCCGAAAAUCUACCCAGCUACUGGAGACGUCACCGCGCCGUAGGCUGACUCUGAUUUAGCAUCCUAAAACUUCCGGUUCCAGAGCUUGGCGCGCCAAAGACCCUCCCUCGAGGGAGCGAAACCACAGCCCCCAGAAUUGAGCGGGCCUCUCCGAGAGCACGGCGCGUCUGAGGAUGCGUAGUAAGGAUGGCGGGCCCGGAAGCCGGAAGUUCAAAGCCGGCCUCCAGCCAGAGUGACGGCCUGCGCGGACUCCCGCCUUAGCGGGCGGAGUUGUGCCGCGUCUGAUGCGCAGUUCCCCUUCUAGCGUGGCAAGCCGAAUCCUAGAGGCUAAACCCGGCAGGUGGGAGGGAGAAAGUCGCUUUCUGCACCAAUAGCUGAGGCGUUCAGGGUUGUCCAGGGACGCUACCCUCACGUGUCUGGUUCCGAGUGCUGCGUUCGGCUGUGCUGGGAAGUUGCGUAGACAGUGGCCUGGAGACCCUACCUGCCUGAGGAGGCCUCGGUUGGACGCGAAGGAGCUGCAGCAUCCAGGCGCGGUGGCUCAUGUCGUAAUCCCAGCACUUUGGGAGGCCGAGGCGGGUGGAUCACAAGGGGACAAGAUGCCAACUGGCAAGCAGCUAGCUGACAUUGGCUAUAAGACCUUCUCUGCCUCCAUGAUGCUCCUCACUGUGUACGGGGGGUACCUCUGCAGUGUCCGAGUCUACCACUAUUUCCAGUGGCGCAGGGCCCAGCGCCAGGCCGCAGAAGAACAGAAGACCUCAGGAGUCAUGUAGAACUGGGGGGCUUUUUCGCCUGGGCAGAGAGGCCCAAGGCAUGCUAUGGAGAGACUUCACCUGCCACCAUUUCCAGGUCAACAGGACUAGAGCGUUGAUGAUUUUCAAACCCUGUUGGAAGAAAGUGCCCAUGGUUUCUCUGGUUCUGCCAGUCUGUGCCAGUUUGACAGUUUAUGGAGGCUGUUGAAUCAUAAUAGCAAUGUGAGGGUGAGAUACACCUACAGACAUUAAAUAAUUUGCCGUGUC